AAGAAAAUGAAAGUUAAGCGCACUGAAUUUCCCAAUAUAAAUACUCACAUGGAUCAAAGCUAAAUUUUCUCAAGAAACAAAGUAAAAGAAUAAAAGAACAAAGAGAAAAAACAUAUUCUCCUCUGUUUAGAUUCUCAAAUUCUUCUCCUGAAUCUAAACUGAGAACACGAUUGGUCUCUUCUUCUCAUAUAGUUCUGAAGAAGAAAAACCACAAAAUCGUCUCUUUCUUCCGUUCUAUAUUUUUUUUCUUCUUAUUUUUGGUUCCUCACCUCACCAAAAUGGAUUCUUUUAGUACUCAAAAAACUAAAUCAAGAAAGGUAAAGAGGCUUGCGAAAAAGUCUCGUGUUCAGAUAAUUUUGGAUCUGUUUUUCCGGGCGAUUGAGAUAAUUGUGGUCUUGGUUACGGUAUCUAAGCUUUGCUGUCAGCUCGUUAUCACUUUUGAAGACUCUGGUGUCGCUGCGGUUAUUCUCGCAAACCGUAAUCUUGCGUUUGUCAUAGGAAACGCAAUUAUCUUAGCUUUAAUCGCCAAAUCCGGUCUUCUCUUGAGUCAAGAAAUUGAUCCGAAGUGCAUAAGCAACGAUCUUUACGAGGAUUUUGUUCGGGAGAGGUCAAGGAGAGAUGGAAUCUCACGAGCCGAGAUGAGAAACAGAGAAAAACAGAGUGAAGCAGAGCACGAGGUGAAACAGAGCAUAGCCGAAACCAGAGCCAAACAGAGUGAAGCAGAGAAAGAGACCCUGAGCAUAACUGAGAACAUAGCAGAAGAAAGCAUUUCCGACCAGGCGGGGAGACAGAUUGUAGUUGAGAAGAAGACGAGACAUAGCAAACCUGAGAAGGUUACAAAACAGAGCUCCUCGGUGAAGACAGAGAAACAGAGCAUAGUUGAGAAUCAGGAGAUAGCUGUGAAAAAGAUGGAGAAACAGAAAUUGACUGAGAAGAGGCAGAGUCAGAGCUAUCAACGAAGCCGGUCGGAGAAUCUGGAGGGUUCGGAGAAGAGUUCUUGUGGAAGAUUAAGGAGAUCGGAGACGGAUGCGUCGUCUGAUAGAUUUGAUUCCGACGAUGAGCUCCGAUACAAGAUCGAGUCUUUCAUUGCUAGGCAGAGGAGGAAUCAAAUUGAUGAUUAGUUUUCGUAUAAUUAAACUGCAAAAAAAAAAAAAAGUUUAUUAUGCAGAUAUAGCAUUCACGUAUAAAUCUAAGUGUUUGUUAUAAACGGGUAGAAGUAUUUUAAAUCCGUGGCAUAAAAUAUUUGUUUAUCCUUUUUCUGCUGUAUUUCUUUGUAUAAAUUUUUUGGUAAUCCAGUAGUUAUUACAAAAUUUGAAAGCUUUUGUUCUUAUCAACUUAGAUCUUGAAUCAUUUUUUUAUACAUCAUCUAUCUGUAGUGAAAACAAAGAUGAGAUUAGAGAUCCAAACUAAAACAAAUUGCAACUAGUUGUAAUAAAUAUAUAAUUUCUUCGACAAAAUUAAAAUUAAAAAUGUCAGAUUUAGUUUAAUCUAGUAGAUUUUAACUAAUCUCUUCCCAAUGCUCGUUUAAAUUUCAUUUGACUCUACUCCACAGUCGAUUAGCUAAAUUUCAGAUCUACUAACUAUUCACACUUUCCACUAAUUAUUCGAUUUCCAGAAGUCAUGGAUUCUUAUGACCAAGAUUCGUCUCAAGAUAAGGAUUUAAGAGAAGAGCUCAAGAAUCUGAACAGAGAUCUACAGUUCUUGUUGAAGGAAGUAACAAUCGUGGAGAAACCGAUGAUCGGCGACAUAAAUCGAUUAUCGGAACUCAUGGAAUCUUCUCACCAAGGUUCGUGGAAAGUUAGGGAUUUAAGAGAAGAGCUUAAGAAUCUGAGUAGAGAAAGAGAAGAAGCUAAAGAGGCAGAGACUGAAGAGGAGGAAGAGACAGAGAGUGAUACGAUCGAAUACUGGAAGAAGAAGGCUUCACGUUUGGAGAAAUCACUGGAGGAGAGUAGAGAGAGCAAGCUGAGAUUGCUUGAGAUUUUGAAGACUAUGGAGACUCUCAAGACAGGUGAAGGUUUCUCGAGUUUCAUACUUCAGAGCACUCCUCUUAUCAUGGGACAUCAGGAUCAAGAUUUACGGUACAUGUUCCUCUUCAAGCCGUUUCCUAGUUUGAAGGAAGAGGACGUUUUGGGGAAAACAGACUCUGAGAUAUUCGAUGGCGGUGGGGUUAAAGAGUUUGAAGAUUUCAAGAGAGAGGUUCUUGAACGUGGAAGAUCUGCAAAGAGAGAGAUCACGUUCGAGACAGAACUAUUCGGAUCAAAGACGUUUCUGAUAUUUGUUGAGCCUGUUUACAACAAAACUUGCGAGAAAAUCGGCAUAAAUUACAUUGGAAUGGAUGUAACUGAUCAGGUAAGGAAGAGGGAAAAAAUGGCAAAACUUGGAGAAGAGAAUGCAGCGAGAAAGGCAAUGGAAACAGAGCUUCAAAAGACGAUGAACGCUACAGAGGAUAUGAUGAAGGCGAAGAAGAUGCUAGCGACUAAGUCGGGUGAGAUAAGAUCACCAUUGUUGGGAAUUGUGAGCAUGGCUGAGAGAUUUUCUUCCAUUACAAAACUUGAUGAAGAGCAAGGAGAGUUGUUGAGUGAAAUGGUAUCGUCUGUGAAUUCAGUACUUGAGCGAAUAACCGAGUUUCUUGAUCUCUCCAAGGUUGAAUCAGUCAUGGCGGAUACAAUGGUGGCUCAUCCUGAUCGAAAUAAUAAGCUAGAAUUUGAGAUGUCAGAAGAUGACAAGAGAUUAACAAAGCUUUGCUCGCUGAAGAAGAAGGCAAUAAACGCGACGAACAAGUUUAAGCACUCGAUGACAAAGAAAGGUCGAAGGCAUAGCCGUGUGGCGUGUGUCUCAAUCGUUGAUGAAAUCGACACGGAAGAGUUGCAAGCGGUUGAUGCAUUCCGUCAAGCUCUGAUCUUGGAGGAACUUCUUCCCUCUAAACACGAUGAUCAUCAUAUGAUGCUUAGGUUCUUGAGGGCAAGAAAGUUUGAUAUCGAAAAGGCCAAGCAAAUGUGGGCUGAGAUGCUUAACUGGAGGAAAGAAUUUGGCGCAGACACGAUCAUGGAGGACUUUGAUUUCAAAGAAAUCGAAGAAGUGGUUAAGUACUAUCCACAAGGAUAUCAUGGUGUUGACAAGGAAGGAAGACCUAUCUAUAUCGAGAGGCUAUGCGAAGUCGAUGUCACAAAGCUGAUGAAAGUGACCACAAUCGAUAGGUACGUCAAGUACCAUGUGAAGGAGUUCGAGAAAACUUUUAACCUCAAGUUCCCGGCUUGUUCCAUCGCUGCUAAAAGACACAUUGAUCAGAGCACAACGAUCCUGGAUGCUCAAGGCGUGGGGAUUAAUAACUUCAGCAAAGCUGCAAAAGAUCUUCUUAUGAGUAUUCAGAAGAUCGACAACGAUAACUACCCUGAGACUCUGAACCGUAUGUUCAUCAUCAAUGCUGGUUAUGGGUUUAGGCUUCUAUGGAGCACAGUUAAAUCUUUCCUUGACCCAAAGACUACAGCCAAGAUUCACGUUCUUGGCAACAAAUACCAAAGCAAGCUGCUAGAAAUCAUUGAUGCCACGUGA